UAAUGCUUUCCCAUGUAUACUCGUACAGAAGCAAGUAUGGAGACAUUACUCGUAGUCAUUCAGUUUCAAAAUUCUUCUGGUGAAAUUAACACAUUCGAGGGAGUAUAAAUACACACCUUUCGAUAUUGACGCAAAAUGGACUUCUAUUAUCUUCCUAUAUCGGCUCCUUGUCGUACCGUCACCAUGACCGCCGAAGCGCUCGGCGUUAAAUUAAAUAAAAUAAAGUUAGAUUUGUUUGCAGGAGCUCAUCUCAAACCGGAGUUUCUUAAACUCAACCCUCAACAUACAAUUCCCACAUUGGUGGAUAACGGUUACGCAAUUUCGAAAUCACGUGCCAUAAUUGUCUAUUUGGUCGAAAUAUACGGUAAAAAUGAUUCGUUAUAUCCGAAAUGCCCGAAGAAGCGCACUCUCAUCAACCAACGUCUCUCCUUUGACGCCGACACAUUAUACCAGGCCUUCGUUAAUGCUUAUAUAGCAAAAUAUAUGUUUAAAACGCCUAUAGAUGGCGAAAAGAUCAAUAAAAUUGAUACAGCUUUUGAGUUCUUGAACACUUUCCUGGAAGGACAUACUUAUGCUGCCGGAGAUACUUUGACGCUCGCUGAUCUCUCUUUGUUAGCCACAGUGUCAUCUUAUGAUGUUGUCAAAUACGAUUUCAGUAAUUAUGCCAAUGUAGCCAGAUGGUACGAGAAUUUGAAGAAGACUGCACCCGGCUGGGAAGAAAACUGGAGGGGCUGUAUAGAAUCUGCGGAAUUAAUGAACUGAAAUAUAUGCUAAAUGAAUGCAUAUGUAUUUAUUUAUAUAAAGAUAUAUACCUAUGUAUGUGAACGGAGAGCAGUUGAUAUUCGUAUAUUAAUAAUGUGAUUUCAAAGUAUUUAUUGAUCAUCAUUAUAUCUCCUAUACUGUGUUGUAUUUAAAAUAAGAAAGUAUAUUUUUUACUAAAAUUACUGUAAUCUGAUUACAUAUCAAAUUUGGUUGAAAUCGGUCUGAAGGGCCUCGAGAUAUGUAUGUGUUUUCACUUAAAAUUCGACGGUGCCACGCCCGUCGCCCAUUUUGACCCUUGCUCUAUUAAAGCGCAGCCAUACCACUUUAUAACUUUUCGGUCAAAGGCGUGGCAGUGGUCCGAAACCCCCAUCCGCGUACUCAAUGAACACGCAUUCGAAGUUUCUCAAGAUAUCUCAAUUUUUACUCAAGUUACAACUUGCAUGGACGGACGGACAGAGAAACAGAGAGUCAUGCGGAUUUUAACUUGUUUUGAUCCUGAUCAAUUAUACGUAUAUAAGCCUAUAUCUAUCUCGCUUAGUUUUAAGUGAUACGUAAGUACAACCAUUAGAUUAACAAAACAAUUAUACUUUGUAGUAAUAUGUUGAAAGGGUAUAAAAAUGUUUGCGAAAAUAAUAAUUAAAAUCGGUGCAAAUAGUUAAUUACAAGUUGAUUAAACAAAUGGAUAUACUAUAUGUACAUACAUAUUUAACUGUACUCGUAUAUAUGUAUGUAUAUUUGUGUGCAAAAUUGAAGUAUUCAGCGAUUCCUAAAGAACACUCAGCGAUUCCCAAUACUACUAGUUGCGAGAACUAACAUUUAUAUAUAUGUAGCAAGCUUUUCACAACAAUGCUCUUAAUUCAACGGUUCUCAAAUAAAGCUUUUUUCUGAUCACAAGCAUUGCAUAUACAUACAUAUGUAUGUAUGUGCUACUAAAUAGGUGUUUGUAAAUAUAUGUAUAUGUAUGUAUGUAGAGGCAAUUUUUGCCAAAUCAGCGGGACUGGCAUUUUUUACCAUAGACUCAUGUACAUAUUUAUAUGUGACUACUUAACAAUAUGUGUACCUACUUACAUAGAAGUAGAAAGAACAUCAUUGGCAUACUCAGUGUGACUCUGUAGUGCUUGUUCUUUAAUACUUGUAUAUACAGUUGUGUUCACGAAAAUAGUAGUGCGACAGCACAAACACUCCAAACUUAUUGCUGAUAUGUUCUAUCUUGCAAAAUGAACACUUCUACAAUACUUUCGUAGAACAGAAUAUUGUUAAUAAAAAAACACCGAAAUGCCGUUAUUUUUAUUAUGCCUUGCUUUAUUUAUGAUAUAUUUCAAUAUUUGCACCAAAAGUCUUUUGUUC